AAAAUCAUUACAUGUCUGUGAUAAGUGUUGUCUGCUGUCUGUAGAAUCUAAUUCGAUUCCAAUGGAUUUAUAGUAUUUGCAACUAUUUAGUGAAACAGAAAUAGUUCAUUGUGAAUCAAGUAUUUUUCACAAAGUCAGAAAUGCACAACGGGAGAAGAACCAGCAGUGGUGCUUGUGCGAGUGAAAUUGAGAAAAUGGAUUUUAAAAUGGCUGCCGGCUGCUGUGGAACAAAGAAACAGAAGUUAAAUCAUUGUUCCAAUUCCUCACAGUGCAAUGGUGAUUCACAUUUAACAAAUGGUGACAGAAAAGUGAUGGUAGCAGCGCCCGAGAUGUGCUUUUUCUGUUUCGAUGUUUUGUAUUGUCAUCUUCAUAACCUAGACAAUCCCAAAAAUCCAGGGUUUACAAACGAUGCAUUUCCACUAUUUGUAACUUGGAAGAUUGGAAAAGAUUUACGCCUUCGGGGGUGCAUUGGAACUUUUAACCCCAUGCAUUUGCAUUCAGGAUUGCGUGAAUAUGCUUUGACUAGUGGUUUAAAAGAUUCCCGUUUUCCCCCGAUCACUCGUGAUGAAAUACCAAAAUUAACGGUUUCUGUGUCAAUUCUACAACAUUUUGAGGAUGCUGAUGAUUAUAUGGAUUGGGAAGUCGGGGUACAUGGAAUUAGAAUUGAAUUCAUAAAUGAAAAGGGUAAUAAGCGUACUGCAACAUAUCUGCCUAAAGUUGCUGUUGAACAAGAUUGGGACCACAUUCAAACGAUUGAUUCAUUACUUCGAAAAGGUGGCUAUAGAGCACAUAUUACUCCAGAGUUUCGCAGGACAAUAAAACUUACUCGUUAUCAGUCUGAGGAAAUUUCAGCCAGUUAUGCUGAUUACAUGUCAUAUUGGAAUAAAGACAAAAGGUGCUAGCAGCGACAUAUAGCUGCAGUUCCAAAGCCUUUACCUACUGCAGCUUAUUCGGAUAACAAACAUCAACCUCAUUACUUUAAUGGUUAUACAAAUGAUCGCAGUAAACGAGUUCCAAAUCAUAUGGUAGAUGUUCAUACAAAAACUUUCAGAAAACCCCAAUAUGAAAGUAAAAAUAAUUUGCAACCAGAGAUUGCCAAAUUUAAUCCAACGUAUCAUGUUACCACAGAUUCUCCAGACAUUUUGGUUAAACCAAUUCCUCAUGUGCAAAAUCCACAGAUUCAACAAGCCACUUAUUGGCCUAUUCAAAGAAAUGCUUCCGUUGUUGCAUCAGAUACAUGGAAUCUGGAACAGCGUUUUGCUGAGAUAAAGAUUAAUUCAAAUAACAUAAAAUCAACUCUAAAUCCGAAUACUGAUUGUUUCUAUCCCGCAAGUUACAGGUUUCCGACUAAACCUUGCACACCAAGCAUGACUUAUGCAAAUAUGCCAUUGCCUAGAGUUUGUAAUGGUGCCAUGCCAAUGUUUCCUGCCACUUACA